AAGUCCAAGGCUUCAGUUAGCUGCUGAAUAUUUUGGCACCACACUUGUAAGGCCCGGCUUUGGGACCGGGGAGCCGAAGCCCAUGUGGCAAAGAGAGCCACUAGGGCUCCAAGCUCCCCUCCAGUCCUCUUCUCUUCUCUGCAACAACCGCUGACUCCCUUCCUUAGGGGCGUGGAUCAACGUCCCUUUCUCAUCCCCCAUUCACGAUCGGAAGUCUCGCGACUUCCUUCCAUGGCAGCAGUGACCCCGUCUUGCAAGAUUUAGACCGCGGCCGACCCUCUCGAUCUGUCUCUUUCGCUACUCUCUCUCCCUCUCUCUCUCUCCCGCGGUAUCACCUUGCCUCCCUCUCUCUCUCUCGCUGUCUCUAUCUCGCUCGACUUCUUCUUCUUCGGUGCUGGGGUGGCCGAGAUUUGCAGUUAGGGUUGCAAAAUAAGAGGGAAUGGAGACAAAGACAAGAAGAAAUGAAGGAGGAGAAGAAGGGGGGGAAGAAAAAAGGGUAGAAGAAGUGGAGGGUGGGAGGUGGUUGGAAUCUGAGAUGAAGAUAGAUUACGUGAGCUACGGAGGUGAACAUCAUUUACCACUUAUCAUGCGCCUGGUCGACCAAGAACUUAGCGAACCUUACUCCAUCUUUACCUACCGAUAUUUUGUCUACUUAUGGCCCCAGCUCUCUUUCCUUGCUUUCCACAACGGCAAAUGUGUUGGAACUGUAGUCUGUAAGAUGGGAGAGCAUCGCAAUAUUUUCAGAGGUUAUAUUGCAAUGCUUGUCGUCCUCAAGCCUUACAGAGGUCUAGGCAUUGCUACAGAACUUGUGACCAGAUCUAUUAAAGUCAUGAAGGAAUCAGGUUGUGAAGAGGUAACACUGGAAGCGGAAGUUACGAAUAAGAGUGCACUUGCAUUAUAUGGGCGGCUUGGCUUCGUUAGGGCGAAAAGACUUUUCCGGUACUAUCUUAAUGGAGUCGACGCUUUCCGACUGAAGCUAUUAUUUCCCCAAAACAGCCCAAAUGGUAAUCAUCAUAAUGCUGCACCAUCCGAGGAGGAGGGAAGCUUGUCUUGUAAUAAUUAAUUUUUAAUUUAACGUCUCUUCUUUUUUUAAUUGUUUUUUCCUUAAUUCUAUUAUUGAUUAUUGUAAAAACAACUUUUAUGACAAGUUCACCAAUCACUCAAGUAAUGUAGAAAUUUGUAGGAGAAUUAUUUUUGCCUAA